AUGAGUAAAAAGUCAGUCAAAUUUGAAGGAGAUAACACUCUGAUACAUAAUGAUUUAAGUGAGGAAAGUGAUUUGAGUAAUAUUCCUGCUGUGACCAAAGAUAGUUUAUAUACAAAUGAUAUUUUGAAGUUAUUCCAAGAUAGUUUUAAUCAUAUAUUGAGCUCACCAAGCUUGGAGGGUUUUAUUCAAAAAGUGAAGUCAGAUCUUUAUAAUAGAGAUUAUAUCAGUGCUUUUGGUCAAGAUGAUAAAAGAAUGGCUUAUAGUGCAAGAUGGACACCUUCAAGAGCGUUAUGUUAUUCCUCAUUAUUUAGUUCAUUGAAAGAAGUAAAAGAAGUUAUUACAGACCAAAACUCAAAAGUUCUUUGUGUUGGAGGAGGUGCUGGUGGAGAGUUAAUUGGAUUAUCUUCUGUAUUCACUCAAUCAAGAGAUUUUCUGAACAAAGAUAAAUAUAAAUCAAAAUUAAAUAUCAAGUUGAUCGAUAUAGCUGAUUGGACUACAAUCGUGACUCAGUUGACAUCAAAAGUUAAAAAGAAUUGGCUGUAUGAUGAACCUGAUUCUCUGGAAGUCGAUUUUAUUAAUGAUGAUGUUAUAAGUGUGGACCCAGCAUCAUUACAUUUAACAGACUUAAACCUGAUUACUUUAUUAUUUACCACAAAUGAAUUAUUUGCUGAGGAUAAAGCGAAAUCUAUUAGAUUUUUCCAAGCUCUAAACAAGCUUUGUCAAAGUGGUGCUUAUUUGUUAAUCUCUGAAAGUGCAGGAAGCUAUAGUCACAUUACAGUUGGUUCAAAGAAAUUUCCAAUCCAGUUUCUAAUAGAUACUAUUUUGUUAGGUAAAAAAGGUGAAGGUGAAUGGGAAUUAGUAAAUAAAAGUGAUAGUUGUUGGUAUAGAUGUGAGAAAGACUACCAAUAUCCAAUGAAGAUAGAGAACAUGAGAUUCUUUUUUAGACUGUAUAGAAAGAAAUGA